AUGAUCUGGAACGAUCUACGCAAGCUUCUUACAUUUCAGUUCCUUCCAUCUGCAACCGUUUGCGAAGACUUGUACGCAACAACAGCAUGCGCUUCACUUUUCGGUACUGCAGUAGUAGCAGAAGGAACAACUGACAGAGACGCAAAAUGUUUGACGGUAUGCUACAUGGAAUUUCCUAACAUCUUUCCCAUUCAGGAUGAAGAUGUCAAAGCGAUCGCUAUCGCCAGUUGUCCAAAAAGCUGCGGAUAUUGUUGCAUGACACCUGAAUACAAAUGCAAAAACAAAGACUUUCCACGAACCAAGUGUGAGACUGUCACUCCUGCUCAGUGCAAGGACCCAUCAUGGAGGCCGAUUCUUGCUGAAGAUUGCCCGAAUGUUUGCGGUUUCUGCCUAGAAGGAGGAUGUGUCGACACGGUCAUCGAAUGCGAAAAUGAUCCAACCAUCUGUAGGAAUGUCGAUAUGCAAGAUUUUGUUAAGGUAAUGUUACCAAAUCUGGCAGUCUCAACAGUUUCUCCGACAGAUGUAAUAGUAAGUAGUAAUGUUAAUGUGAUCAGCUACAUCAGCCACAACAGCUUAUUCUAUUACAGUUGUGCCAACUGGGUAAAAAAUGGCUUCUGCACCAAUUCUUUCUAUACAGCUGAACAAAGAAAGCUGAAUUGCGCGAAAUCGUGCGGCGUCUGCUGA